AUCGUCUCCCAAACUGUAGCUGCGUUUCCGGGAACUGAGUUGUAUUGACCUUGGCUUCCGACUACCCUGCGUCCUCCCCGAGUCGACGCGGGGCACUGGCCCUUUAAACGUGAGCGGCGGAGGCCCAGGAGGUCAGACUGACGUGGAACUCGGAUCAAGAUGGCCGCCUCCGCCUCAGCAGCCGAGGUUGCCCUGCGAACCAGAUCCGUCCGGGCGGAAUAAUGGACGUCGUUUAAAAUAAUCCUGUCCCCGCGCUCCUGCCCACAUUAAAAACGGCCGCCUCCGCCUUCAGCAGCCCAGGUUGCUCCGCGAAUCCGAUUCUUCCGGGCGGAACCAGCGGAGAGAACUGCCGUGGGCGGGGCUGAGUUGCGGAGGCUCCGGGUCCGGGGCGGCUCGAGUCCGGCGGUCGCGUGUGCUCGGGCCGGAGCGGGGCGGGCCGGGCCGGGCCGGGCGGCCACCAUGCGGGCCUUCCCGGAGCUGCCGACGCCGUUGCUGGUGAACUUGAUGGGCUCGCUGCUGGGGUUUGCGGCCACCGUCACCCUCAUCCCAGCCUUUCGCGACCACUUCAUCGCCGCGCGCCUCUGUGGAAAGGACCUCAACAAGCCGGGCCAGGAGCCGAUCGCCGGCCCAGGGCGUGACCGCGCCCCUCUUUCCCCACCACCCCGCUUGCUGCCGGGCCACAGCCCCGAGUCGCAGGGAGUGAUCAGCGGGGCCGUGUUCCUCAUCAUCCUCUUCUGCUUCAUCCCCUUCCCUUUCCUGACCUGCUUUGUGGAGGAGCAGUGCAAAGCCUUCCCCCACCAUGAAUUUGUGGCCCUGAUAGGCGCGCUUCUGGCCAUCUGCUGCAUGAUCUUCCUGGGCUUCGCGGACGACGUCCUGAACCUGCGCUGGCGCCAUAAGCUGCUGCUGCCCACCGCGGCCUCGCUCCCUCUCCUCAUGGUCUAUUUCACCAACUUUGGCAACACGACCAUUGUGGUACCCAAGCCCUUUCGUCCGAUUCUGGGCCUGCAUUUGGACUUGGGGAUCCUGUACUAUGUGUACAUGGGGCUGCUGGCAGUGUUCUGCACCAACGCCAUCAACAUCCUCGCAGGGAUCAAUGGCCUAGAGGCUGGCCAGUCGCUAGUCAUUUCUGCUUCCAUCAUCGUCUUCAACCUGGUGGAGCUGGAAGGUGAUUGUCGAGACGACCACGUCUUCUCCCUCUACUUCAUGAUGCCCUUUUUUUCCACCACCUUGGGAUUGCUCUAUCACAACUGGUACCCAUCACGGGUGUUUGUGGGCGACACCUUCUGUUACUUCGCUGGCAUGACCUUUGCCGUGGUGGGCAUCUUGGGACACUUCAGCAAGACCAUGCUACUCUUCUUCAUGCCCCAGGUGUUCAACUUUCUCUACUCCUUGCCUCAGCUCCUGCAUAUCAUCCCCUGCCCUCGCCACCGUGUGCCCAGACUUAAUACCAACACAGGCAAACUGGAGAUGAGCUAUUCCAAGUUCAAGACCAAGAGCCUGUCUUUCUUGGGCACCUUUAUUCUAAAGGUAGCAGAGAGUCUGCAGCUGGUGACAGUGCGCCAGAGUGAGGAUGAGGAUGGUGCCUUCACUGAGUGUAACAACAUGACCCUCAUCAACCUGCUCCUUAAAGUCUUUGGGCCCAUGCAUGAGAGGAACCUCACCCUGCUGCUGCUGCUGCUACAGGUCCUGGGCAGUGCUGUCACCUUCUCCAUUCGGUACCAGCUUGUCCGGCUCUUCUAUGAUGUCUGAGCUCCCUGAUCAUUGCCUUCACUUCACAGUCUCCAGGGCUCCUGACUCAGGCCAAGGACUCAGGCCAACCUCGUUCUAUCUAGACCAAGACUGCCUCUCAGCCCAGGCCCCUCCCACCCCUCCUCCUUCCCAGCCUUUCAU